UCUGAGAUUGAAGCUUGACUAUGUACGACUAGCUAGAAAUGGUCUAGAGAUGCGAGAGGAAUUCUGAAAUUCGACACCCACAUGUCUCAUGCUGUGCUGUGAAAAAAAGGCACUCCACGAGCGGUAGUAGCCGUUGAUGGCACGUCGGUUUGCCAAGCCGGGAUCUGCGCAGGGAUGGAGACCGCAGAGGCGAACGCAGGCCUUCCUGGAGGAAUGGGAGGGCAAGGAGAUGCAGGUCUGGCAGACAGCAGCCACUCCAGGCCACCGUCGUCGAGAACAGAACAAGGUGCAGCGUUUACCUAAGCAGCGAGAUUUGCAGAUGUCCCAAGAUAGGAACCUGGACAGAUCUCGGAAGCCCGCAGCAAACGAGCUCAGCUGGGCGGAAGUGGUAUGCAGUGAGAUGUGAGUACUGGGACUCAGGGUGCUUAGCCACGGGCGGCGGGCGACCCACGGCGCUCCCACUGUUCGCUACCACAGGCCGAGCAGAAGAGGGACUCAGGGUGCCGGCCUG